CGUGUGGUUGUGGCUAUAAAGCCGGUCCGGUUGUUGAAUGCGAGUGCGUAAACAGACGCUUGUUGCUUGAGUCUUUCGAUUUUCACUUUUUACUGUUGCUUUAGAAGGCCAGUGAAACGCAUUCGCCGUCCUCGUUCAAGAAACGGCCAACGGGCAGCGGCAAUAGCAUACAAAACUUUUGGAACGAUCGCAUAAUGGAGCGAUUUAUAAAAGCGAAUCUAUUCAUUAUUUGCUGUGUGGCGGCAGGACUACUGCUGAUCGUCUACUUGGGCGCCUUCUCAUGUGAGGUCUCUUGGAUACUGGAGGCGCAUGGUGAGCUGCCAUUUGCCGCCUACACACUGUGCACGCUCUACUUUGUGGUGUUUGUGGCGACGACGAUCUUAAUUCAUGGACUGGUGACUGGGCUGCCGUGGGGGCUGUUCGCUUGGUCAGCGGUCAUUGGUCUACUGUCCAUACCUGAGCUGAUCUUUGUGAUGAUUAUGACGACACAGCAUUGGGGCCUGCAAUCGGUGCAUGGCCUCACGGAGCUGACGUCCUAUCUAAUACGACUGAUCAUCAACUGCUUUGCUCUGAUUUGUGUGAUACCCACAGGCAUUAGGUGGCGCCGUGAGGCUCAGGUGCUCAGUCAACUCCAAGGCCUUGCCACACGCCUCUCCUUACAAACACCCGCGCCCAGCGUACCCAUGACCAAGGCAGACUCUCGCCGCUCAAGCCAACGCAUGAGCGGCUUUGAGAAUGCCGGUUACCAGUUGUGCGACGAGACCAAAAUCCCGUUGGGAGGCUCCCAAGCACAGGGCCUCAAUUUACUGAACAAUCACAGUGCAGCAAACCAAAUAUUUGGCUCACAGAACGAGUUCAAUGCCAGCAUGUUUGCGCCUGCCUUCCUGCAGCAAUUCAAUAAUGCUGCGCUGCAGCAUGGUGGACGUGGAGCCGCCAAUGGUGGACAUCGGGCGCAGUCGCUCAUGGAUUUGCGCUGCACGCUACCCGGCAUGUACAAUCCAAGACACGUGCUGGACACGGAGGACAAGAAUGCCAAGUACUUUAAUAUUACAAUUGACGAUUUAAAAAACAACUUGCAGGACUCGCACAAGUCGCCUCCUUCGCUGAUCGGCUCGACAAAUAAUGAUCCGAUAUACUGCUCCAUUGAGCCCAAGCAAUUGACGCCGCCACCACCAAACAGUGGGGCGCGACAUCAUCAUCAUCAUCACCACCAGCAACCCCAUCCGUUGCCACAACAGGCAGUGGCACGGGCUCAGAAACAGCCCACAAAACUUGCCCGCAAUUGCAUCUCGCUGGAGAAUCUGGAUGGGAUUAGCAAGGUGCAAAAUGAUCUGGCCUAUGGCAACAAUCUGUUGCAAAACUACACCCAACAACAGCAGUACUAUCUGGCCAUGCUGGGAUACCUGAACCCUCUGCAUCAGCACAACGUUAAUCUCUAUAGACGACCCUCGAGCAGUUCGACAUGUGGUUUUCCCGGCCCGAUUGCCGUCCAGAGACGUAACUCCCAGCAACAACAGCAGUUACAGUACUACGGCGGCUUUGGCUAUGCCAAUUAUGCGAACCCAUACAUUACAGCGAACAGCAAACUUUCCCUUGGAAAUGAAUCGGACGAUUAUCGCAAAUAUCGCGAUGUGGCGCUCUAGUGUUGCGCUUUUAGGCUAAGGUGCUAAUUCAGUGUAUAGAUAUGCUAUAUACUUAUAUAUAUGUAUACUCAUAGUUCGUAGUAAGUAACUACUAGACAGACUACCAUAAUGACAUUCCUGGGAGUAAUGACCAAAGAGCCACAAACUAACUCAAUUCGUAAAUAAUUGCAGAGUUGCGAUUUCUACGCAGCCAACUGUGGACUCCAAGUGGGGUGCAGUUUACUUAGAUUUAGGUUUAAGGAGAUGGGCAGAAAUAUUGGUCCUGAAACCCACCACCCACCUCAAAAAAAUCAAAUUAACAUUAUUGGAGGCCUGUUCCCAUUUUCGAAGAUGGCUCACUCGUAAUUACUUUUUAAAAUUAUUAUUUAGAGACCUUUUUAUACUGCGACAAUAGGAGGUCGAGGUGAGAUGGAAUCGUUUAGGCUUUGCACAAACCUCAGCACUUUGUUCGAUUUAGGUCUUCAAACUAUUAUUGCAACUUUUCUUGGGAACACAAUAUAAUGUUGCCAGAAAUGCCGAGCGGUUUGAAAUGUUAAUAUCCCGAAUACGGGAGGAACUUGCCCAUCUCUCAUCCUUAGUUAUAUUUUAAAAAAAGUUGAUUUAUUGUAUAUAAUAAUGUAGAAAUAAAAAUACACGUUUUUAAAUGUUUAA